CCAUCAAAAAUAGUUUUUGGUUUUCUGAAACCUAAAACCCCUUCUUAAAAAAAAAAAAAAAAAAAACUUUGAACAGCCCAAUCUCGCCAUGAAAGGAACGAAACGUUUUGCCAUAUCGGGCUCUGCCGCCGAUACCAACGAUUUUGCUUUCCGGAAUAAAAGAAUAAUGUCAGGAUCUCCUUUUGAAGCUCAAAGGGCAGAACCAUGGCAGCAGCAGUCAACUGCAACACCACCACUAGAUCCACAGCGAGCUGAGUUGUCUCAGCAGCAUGUGAAAGCUCUCAACAACCAAUUUGCAAGUUGGGUGCAAUUACAACUGAAGAAUCACCCUGAUGAGCUUUGGCAAGAUGGUGUUCAAGACUACCUAACUCAUGCUUCAAACAUUAUGGAGAAGUUCAGUGAUGUUUUCAACUGGCUUAAAGCAAAUGCAGUAAAUGGUGACAGCUUGUAUGCUGAGUCUCAUAAAAAUGAAAGUAAAGUGGUGCCCGAAGCCAAGAAAACUGAGACUAAAUUUUUUCAAGGAAAAACUGGAUUUACUCCAAUCAGCACAACUACAGGCUUUAGUCCAGGCACUACAACUCCGAGCUUUUCUCCAGGCACUACAGCUAUGACUUUUUCUCUGGGCACUACAAGUACAGGCCUUACUUCAGCUAAUAUGACUAAAAAAUUUUCUCCUGUGGCUACCACUACAAACUUGACUCCAGCUGGUUCAAACUCAAGCUUUACAUUUGGCGGUACAACCACAAAUUUUACUUCAGUCAGUACAACAACUAGCUUUACUUCACCUGGCAUGACUACAAGCUUUGCAACUCCUUGGAGCUCUGGAGCAUUUUCCAAUAGUCCGACUCCUAACUUGUUUGGAACUCAAAGCUCAGUAGCUAUGAACAAUAAUGUAUUGGAAGAUGCAGAUGAUGAAAAUGAGUUGCCACAGCCUAGCAGCCCAUCAGUGAAGAAGUCAGAAGAGAAGGGUAUUGUUGUUGUUCAUGAAGUCAAAUGCAAGCUUUAUGUCAAAUCAACUGAUCCAGCAGAUAAAGAUUCAUGGAAAGAUAGAGGCUCAGGGCAGCUUUCCAUCAAAUGCAAAGAGGGUAUCAGCAAGGGUUCAAAAGAUUCCAAGCCAACAAUUGUUGUUCGAAAUGACGUGGGAAAGGUGAUACUUAAUGCUUUGCUAUAUCCAGGGAUGAAGACAAGUGCACAAAAGAAUUCCCUUGUUGCAAUAUUUCAUACUUUGGAUGAUGGUGGCAAUAGCGAUAAUGCUGUGGCACGUACCUUCUUAAUUAGAACAAAAUCAGAGGAGGACCGAAAUAAACUGGCAGCAGUUAUCCAAGAGUAUGCCCCUGCUUUCUAAGACCAUAGGUGACAUCAUUUUAUCCAUUAUUUUGAGCCCCAGAAAAUAUAAUUUAAUCCUGAAUGAGUGCAAUUUCCCGGAUAUUACUCUUUUACAUUCUUGGGGACUCCAGCUUGUUCUGGUGACUCCAAAAGCAACGGGGCCUAUUUUCGUAGUCAGACUUAAAAUGAGAUUAUUGUAUGCCCACAGCAGUUGUACCAUAAACAGAUAUUGCAGUAUUUAUUUUGCU